GGAUAUAUAUAUGGAUAUUUUAAAUGGAGAUGAUGGGGGAUAUUAUAUGAAAUAUUUAAUAUAACAUAUUUAUUGAGUUGGUUUAAUAAUAUAAUGAAUUAAGAAAAAGAUAUUGAGUAGGAUAUAGUUAGUGAAAAAUCAGGAUGAUUUAAAAUGAUAUUUAUUGAGAGAAGAAGAAGGAAUAAAAUAUAAGAAUGUGUAAUAGUUUAUUUUAUAUGAUAAGGAUAUGAUUGGAAGUAUAAUAAAUAAUAAAUCAGUGGAUAGUUAUGAAAAUAGGGUUAACAAAUAGAAGAAUUGAU